GCAGGCGAACCAAUUUACCUUGGGAUCACUUCAUGCCUGCCUGCUGAUCCACAUACUGGACGAUGGGGAUGGGGUGCUUCUGAUUGUUCCUGCUGCCACCAACCUGGAGAACUGUGUCAGCCAUCGCUGGCGGCUGCGCUGCCAGCUCCUGAAGAGAUCCGCACUCGUCAGAAUGCCAGGCAGCCAAGUCUAGCUGGCAGUUAGGAAGGUGCAACUUACCAGGCGUGCCCGUUAUGGCUUAGUCUGCAGUCUCUUAAUCUCAUCUAUCCCAAUAGUCGCAGGAUCCGUACGCGUAAAUAUCAGAUCUUGCUCUUGUUCCAUUUUUUAAGUCGAAGUCUCGAGAGCAAGGCUCCCAGCCAUGGAUGACCUGGCGAGCGUGCUUGCCGCUGCGGGCCUCAAGUCGCAAGGCAAGCACACGCCGAUGGUGCCGAAGCGACCCGCCGGGGGAGGCAUGGGGGGAGGCGGCAUGGGGGGAGGCAUGGGGGGAGGUGUGGGGGGAGGCGGAGCUCCCAGCUGGGGUGUCGGCGGCGCAGGAAUCGGGGGAGGCCAGAUGGGCGGAAGCGGCGUGAGCUCCGGUUUGGGGGGAGGCACGGGGGGAGGAAUGGGCCGAGGGAUGGGCGGGGGUAUGGGUGGGAGUUCGGGAGGUAUGGGGAAUUUAGGAGGGAUGGGUAAUUUGGGAAUGGGAAAUUUGGGAGGUAUGGGAGGGGGAAUGGGAGGGUUGGGAGGCGCCUCAGCAGGAGCGGGAGGAGGCAUGGGGAAUCUGGGAGGUGGGAUGAGUAAGCCUGCUGCAGGCAUGGGUGGUGGCGUGAGUGGCGGCGUUGGUAGCGGUAUGAGUGGUGGCAUGGGUGGCGGCAUGGGUGGCGGCAUGGGUGGCGGAAUGGGCGGCGGUAUGGGUUCCCUUGGUAAAGGCAUGGCCGGCAGCGGCAGCGGCGGCGGGAGUCGCGGCGCGAGUACCGGUCUCUCCAACAACGCGUUCGCUGGUCUGGGAGUGGGGGAUUUCGGGCUCGGAGGCAAAGGCGGAAGCACAGGCAGCGGAGCGGGCGCAAGCUCGUCGAGCCGCGGCCCAACUCCGACGAGAUCCGGACAUUCGGGGCGAUCGUCGCCGUCCGUUACGGAGGAUCUGUCGUCGGGAUCAGGGAUGGGGUCUGCCGGCGGAGGAGGGGUGGCUGCGACGGCGUCGGCCUUUGACGAGCUGAUGAGCAAGGGGUUCGAGAUGCCGUCAUCGUCAACGUCAUCGUCUAGAGACCGACGGGAUCCGUCGCCGGUUCCUGCUGCGCACGCCCAUGACGAUCUGCUGGCUGGGUUCGGCAGUUCCGCCAAGCCCACCAGCACCACUGCUGGCCCAGCCCCAUCACCUGCAGGAGGGCUCUUCCCCGAGGAUGGAGGCCCCUCGCCCAUGCCCUCCCACUCCUCCUCUGCUGCAGCUGCUGCAGCUGACCCGUUUGGAGUCGACCCGUUAUUCGGUACAGGCGCUCCUCCCCCUUCUUCUACGCCUCCCUCGGCUGCUGCCGCUGCUGUUCCCGAUCCUUUUGAUGCGUUUUCCAUGCCUCCUGCUGGUUACAGCACGGGAGGCUCGGGAUUAGGUACAGAUGCGGGAGUUGCCUCACAGGCAUCAGGUCCGGAUAUUGGUUUGGGUGACUUUGAGACGUUCGUGCAGCAGGUUCCCGUCCCUGAGGUUCGGGAAGAGGCUCGGGAGGAGGCUCGGAAGGUGAAGAGGGAGGAUAGUGGGGAAGCGAGGGAAAGGGAGAGGGAGAGGGAAAGGGCUAAGGAGAGGGAAAGAGAGAAGGAAAUGGAGAGGGAAAGGCAGAGGGAGAGAGAGGAGAGAGAGAGAGCGAGGAGAGGAAGCGAUGGGUCAGCAGGAGCAGGAGGAGGGGGGGCAGGAGGAGGGGGAGCAGGAGGGGGGGACAGGUGGGUGACUGUAGAGGAGGUUAUCCUCCGAACCAAUCCCAGCAGCACCCCUCCUCCUCCCUCCCGCCCGCCUCCCGCCACGCCCCGCCGCCCCCGCUCCAGUGCGCCUUCCUACGCUGCUGGUGCUGGCGGUGCUGGCGGGGGUGGUGCUGGUGCCAGUGAUGGGCCGAUGCCAAGGAAAAUGAGCUUCGAGAAUGCAGGCGAGGGAGGGGCGGCAGGGGCGGCAGCAGGAGGGCGUGGUUCAGGGAGAGGCGGGGAGGAUGCAGGAGGGAGGAGCCAGCCAGAGCAGAGAGGAGGAGGAGGGGGUGGUUUGGAUGGGUUUGAUGAUUUUGCUUCCGGUGGUGGUGGGAGGGGCGGAGGGGAGGAUGACGAGAGGGGGGCUCCGCCUAGGAGGCGGAGGGCGGGAGGAGCGGCGGCUAAUGGGGAGGUGCCAGGUGGCGGGUAUGCGGCGACAGACUCUGCGUCAGCAGCAGCGGCGUCGUCUGCUGCUAUGAAAGACGCUAUGGAGAGCGCUCAGAGGAAGGCGGAGGCUGCUAGGGCGGUCAGAGAGAAAGAGAGAGAGAAGGAGAGGGAGAGGGAAAAGGAAAAGGAAAAGGAGAAGGAGAAGGAGAGGGAGAGGCAGCGGGAGAGGGAGAAGCAGCGGGAGAAGGAAAGGGAGAAGGAAAGGCAGCAGCAGCAGCAGCGGGCACAAGAAGCCAAGAGCCGGUCCUCGCAGCCAGCGCCGCCAAAGCAGCAGCCGUCUUCAGCUGAUGAUUGGGCCGACAUUCUUGGUACGCCCCUUUCAUUCCCUCAUUCCUCUCCCUUCUCCCUCUAUUCUUGGUUUCAAUGCACAAAAGAAAAUAAACAUACAUCCAUCUUCGAGCCCGUGACUGUGCUGACAUGCUUGGGACGCCUCAACCGUGCCUCUCUCCCUGUUCGCCUCAACCGUGCCUCUCUCCGUGGUUUUGCACGCGCCUCCCGUUUUCAGACCCCAUUCUCGUUCUUCUCCCCUUGCACACCCUUCCUACUUCGCCCAGUCCUCCCUCCCACUCACCCGUUCCUCUCAUGCCUUAGUCUCCCUCUCCAACCCAUGCGGAGGUGGAGGAGGAGGAGGGGGGGGAGGCGGGGGAGGAGCAGCAGCAGGCGCGCGGGUGGGGGGGGGGGGGGGCGCCUGGACGAGUUUCAGGAGGUGGCGGGGGAGAGCGAGGAGCGGCGGCAGCUGCGAUACGAGCGGUUUCAGCGCCUGCAAGAGAGAGCGGCAGCAGCGCUGGACGAGAAGAAGCGGCGAGACAUGGACGUGCUCAAGGAGCAGGAGGACCGCCAUAAAGCGGGUGAGAUGCUGGACAUAGAGAUCAAGCGCUGGGCAGCAGGCAAGGAGGGCAAUCUGCGGGCGCUGCUAUCCACCCUGCAGUUUGUGCUCUGGCCGGAGUGCAAGUGGGAGCCUGUCGCACUCACAGACAUCAUCAGUGCGGGAGCAGUGAAGAAGUCGUACCGCAAGGCAGCGCUCUGCGUGCAUCCUGACAAGGUGCAGCAGAAGGGAGCUACAGUGCAGCAGAAAUACAUUGCCGAGAAAGUAUUUGACCUGCUAAAGGAGGCGUUCAACAAGUUCAACUCUGAGGAGCUGUUUUGAGGGCUCCACAGUAUCGAGGACAAUAACUGUUUCAUAUAUUUGUAUUGCAUGGUACCUUGAUGAAAACUACACAUAGGAGUCUGGGUAGAUGUUUGGUUCGUAUCGUGAGUGUCAAGACAUAGCAGUCGUAUUAGCACCGGGUAUUAUUGGGAAUGCGGCUGAUAUGCAAACGUGUGCAAGCGUGACAUCAUGCUGGGGUUGUAAGUGAUUCUCUAGAAGUCUCACUUGUCAGAGAGAGA